AUGAUUUCUCUAUUUUCAAACAUAAAGAAACUGAUAGGAAGUUUGACAAUAAUUCGUACUAAUUAUACAAGUGGAAACUUUCUAGCCAGCUUGGAAUCGAUUGAGUGUGGCAAUGAUUCUGAAAUUACGUUUGUCGAUAACAAUGAGAUGUUGGAGCUCGGUUUGUUAAAUUUGAGCACUAUUAAUUGCAAAGGGUUCACUGUUUCUGGGAACAGCAAACUGGAAAAAUUGAAUAUGCCGAAUAUAAAAAAUAUGACCAAGCCUAGCGACCCAAUUAAAAAAGUUGAUAUCUCAAUCUCAUCUGAUUUUCCAUCUUUCUGUAUUUCUACUCAAGAAAUGUAUAAUUUUAUGAGUAUAGACACAGCAGACAACUACUUCAUUUUUGGAAAGUAUUGUGAGCCAAUCUUAGACAAUCAGAUGUGCAAAGAGCUUACCAAUGGGUGUACUCAAUUGUUUGGAAAUAUUGAAAUCGCCACUGACUUUGAUUUGGAAUCUAUGAAAACUGUGGAGACAAUUUUUGGAAAUUUGGUAAUCAAUGGAAGCGAUUUGACAGACUUGGAAUGUUUUGAGAGCUUGAAGUACGUGGCGGAGUUGGGAAACAAACCAGCCAUCACAAUCGAAGGAAACAAGAAAUUGAUAAAUUUCACUUUUCCAAAACUUCGAAGAAUCCAUUCUGAUGCAAACCCAAAAUGUAUAUACCCGGAGCAAAAUAUCACCAAAAUAACCAUGAAAUUAUUCCCAACGGAGUGUGAAACCGUCUGUGCUGAUCUACGAAUCAAUCAAUUUUGUGAUCUAUCGGAAGAUCAACUAGCCUCGACAUUUAAGAACAUGAAGCAUCUGAUCGGUAGUUUGGCAGUUGGAAAUCAAGAAAUUACCAGCGCCAAAUUUCUAGCCGGUCUGGAAUCAAUCGAUUGUUUGGAGAAAAUUCAAUUUCUGUUCAAUUUCGAGAUGAAGUCUCUGAGCAUGACGAAUUUGAGCUCGGUGAACUGCUCAGAAUGGGAGAUCACAAGGAAUUAUGUGUCGUUGGAGAGAUUGGGUUUGCCAAAUUUGAAGAACAUCGCUCACCCGGACGGAGGCCAAUUCAAAUUUUUCAUUAUACCAGAUCACCCAGAUUUUUGCGUAACCACUGAAGAAAUGCUCAACUGGAUAAAACUAGAUGCUGUCAAUUUAGACGAAUUCUAUUGCCCGGUUUGUGAGCCAAAGUUCACUGAGCAAGUAUGCGAAAAGCCAGCGAAAGGAUGCACUCAAAUCUAUGGUGACGUGCAAAUCGGACCUGAUUCUGACCCGGAAACUAUGAAAUUAGUGGAGAUUAUAUUCGGGAAUCUGGUGAUUAAGGGAACUGAAUUGAGUGAUUUAUCAUUUCUGGAGAGUUUGGAGUACGUGGUACAACGGACAAAUAAGCCACCAUUGAUUUCAAUUGAGAACAACAAAAAUCUGGUUGACGUCACUUUUCCGAAAUUCAGAAGAGUUCGAUCGGAAGAUAUUGUAUUGCUACACUUCAAUCACAAUAAUGACAUUCUUUUGACAAACUCCAGUCAAUGUUAUAAAGUCAGAGAGGCUAUCGGUUUAACCCUUCGAGCACCAACUUUUGAUAACCAAACUUGCGAAGCCAUCGCUCUCAACCCAAAAGUUCUUGAGGAAACAUCAACCGUCGCUGCAAAUCGUUCGGAGUUUCCAGUGGUUUAUCUAACGACUUCUGCACCGCCAGCAGCUUUUGAGACUACCGUAGUUCCAGUGACAACAGAGAAAAACAUUUCAGGGGUUAAGGGUUCAUCUGUUUGUUUUGUAAUCUUGCUGUCAUUGAUUUUUUGA